AUGGAAUCGUUAGUGGCGGAAGCAUGUGCUGUUUUGUCCGGUGUAUUGGCUAAACAACUAAAACGGCGAUUAACAGAAAUUGACAAAUUUAAGUUAAAAAGAAGAAGGAAAAGAAGAUGGUGGGUAAGGCAGUGGAUUCAAAGACGGAACAAUAAUGGAGGCUCUACGUUUAUUUCCCGUGAAUUACGAAAUGAAAAUCCGGAAGAUUUUAAAAACAUUUUAAGAUUAUCAGAUACCCACUUUGACUUUUUAUUAAAUAAAAUUCAAUUUAAUAUACAAAAAUUGAAUACAACAAUGAGGGAAGCUAUACCAGCAGAUACUAAACUCAAAAUAACACUUCGCUACUUAGCUACGGGCGAUUCGUUUAAAAGCUUGGAAUAUUUUUUUAGAGUUCCUAAAAGUACCAUUAGUAAAUUUCUACCUGAAGUUUGUACUGAAAUAUACGCAGCUCUUGCAGAAUUUAUUGAAGUACCAAGUACAAGAAAGUUGUGGGAUGAAAUUGAACAAAACUUUCAAAAUAGAUGGAACUUUCCUAGAUGUAUCGGAGCAAUGGAUGGGAAACACAUACUAAUUAAAGCACCACCUAAAAGUGGAACAGAGUAUUACAACUACAAACAUCAAUAUAGCAUUAUAUUAUUAGCAUUAGUUGACCACAAUUACUGUUUUACGUAUAUUGAUGUUGGUGCAAAUGGAAAAGCAUCAGAUGCUGGUGUAUUUCGAGAAAGUUCUUUGUUUGAAGCAUUGGAAAAUAAUACACUUAAUACCCCCGAAAAUGCUGUUAUUGUAGCUGAUGAUGCUUUCCCGCUCAAAACCUAUCUGUUGAAACCAUAUAGCAGAAGAAACUUAACAAGAGAACAAGCAAUUUUCAAUUAUAGAUUGUCCAGAGCUAGACGAAUAUCAGAAAAUGCUUUUGGAAUACUUGUGAGUAAAUUCAGAAUUUUUGAAAAACAAAUCCCCUUGAUAGCUGAUAAAGUAGAUAAGAUUGUUCUUGCAUGUUGUGCAAUACAUAACUGGUUACGAAAAACAAGUCAAGCCUAUUUACCACCGGGUCUUAUUGACCAUGAAGAUUACAACUAUGAAAUCAUAAAUGGAACAUGGAGACAAAACCAAAGUUGCUUGACAAAACUUGUGCCAACAAAUAACAGAAAUGCCUGCACAGACGCUAAGAAAAUUAGAGAUGACUAUUGUGCAUAUUUCAACGGAGAAGGAGCUGUUCCAUGGCAGUGGAAGUUAAUUAAAUAA